AUGGUUUACUCCGCCAGACAAAUCGGUGCUAAGAACACCCUAGACUACAAAGUUUUUAUCGAGGACAAUGGCAAGCCUGUCUCGUCCUUCCACGACAUUCCUCUGUACGCAGAUGAAGCUAAUGAAAUCUUCAACAUGGUAGUUGAAAUCCCACGUUGGACCAAUGCCAAGUUGGAAAUCAGCAAGGAAGAAACCUUGAACCCUAUUAUCCAAGACACCAAGAAGGGAAAGCUAAGAUUCGUCAGAAACUGUUUCCCACACCACGGUUAUAUUCACAAUUACGGUGCUUUCCCUCAAACUUGGGAAGACCCCAACUCUGUGCACCCAGAAACAAAAGCUGCCGGUGACAAUGAUCCUUUGGACGUGUUGGAGAUCGGUGAAACCAUUGGCUACACUGGCCAAGUUAAGCAAGUUAAGGUCUUGGGUGUCAUGGCCCUAUUGGACGAAGGGGAAACCGAUUGGAAGAUCAUCGUUAUCGACGUCAACGACCCAUUGGCCGGUAAAUUGAACGACAUUGAAGAUGUUGAGAAGUACUUCCCAGGUCUUUUGAGAGCCACAAACGAGUGGUUCAGAAUUUACAAAAUCCCUGAUGGAAAGCCAGAAAACCAGUUUGCCUUCUCUGGUGAAGCUAAGAACAAGAAGUAUGCUUUGGAUGUGAUCAGAGAAUGCAGCGAAGCCUGGAAAAACUUGAUCAAAGGCAAAGCCGACUCCAAAGAUAUCGAAUUGACGAACACUACUUUGUCGGGCACCUCGACCUACUCGCCAUCUGCUGGCAAUUCAGUUGCUGCCAAUGAAGUUAAAGAAGAUGCUCCAAUUGACAAGUCUGUUGACAAAUGGUUUUUCAUUUCUGGUUCUGCUUAA